ACCCACUGCCAGAAGCCUUCAUCUUCUCCGUCCUCUGUUGCCCUAAUUUUUUUUGUUUCACAGACAGAACGGUCAGCCGAGUUCCAUCUAACCUCUGUGUCGUCGAUCUUGCUAACCGAGAUUUGAAAUCGGACUUCGACGGUGGUGAAGCUGUUGAAUCUGCCCCGAUUUCAACUCCAUUUUAGGGGCGUCGCCGCGUAGAAGACAUCGACAUCGGCAGCGAAGCCUCCUAAUCGACAUUGCCGAGUCAUAAUCGGUCCAGAAUUCACUGCAAUCGGCCGCUCGAAGAAGAAGAAUCGGUAGAAAGUACCUGCAAGAACAGGGCAAAGGCCCCCCUUUGUCAGGAAUACGAUUCCCCCAACUGAGCAACGUCUGCCACAGAAGGACAAAGAUUCCCUUCUUUCGGUUUUUUUGAGGGUCCUUGCACUGCUAAAAUUCACCAGCACGCGAGGCUUUAAAUCCCAGCGUCUCCUCUGGUGUCGAACGCAUUCUGCAUUUCAGUUGUGGUCCAAAAGUUGCAUCGAUAAUGGCUCCAAAGGGUGAGAAUGUACUGGAAUGGAGUGAUGAGAUGGAGUUGGCAUUCAUACAUAUCAUGCUUGAAGUCUUCAAAGUGACCCAAACGACUUCCUGGAAGAGAUCUCAUUGGGAAGAGAUGACUAAGGAAAUAGAGAAGCAAUUUCCUGAAGCACAACUUUGUUGGACGAAGGUAAGGGACAAGUGUGCUAGAUUGAAAGGGACAUACAGGCAAUUCACUGAGCUAAGGAACCACACUGGAGUGGGAUGGGAUGCAGACACGAACACCAUCAAGGCCAGUCCCGAUGUCUGGGAUAUGUUUAGCAAGAAGAACAGGGCAUUCAAGGCAUUCCGGACCAAAGGCUGCAAGCACUACAGCCUAUUGAAUGAGCUUUUCAGUUCUUCAACUGCUACCGGUGCUCUUCGCAUCUCCUCCACCAAUCCACCGACAACUUCAUCUGAGGAACGACGGCUGCAUGCGGCAUUCAUAUCAGCGUCGAGGGGAAAGCAGAAACAGGCUGUCAACAUCGUGGAGUGCUCCGACGAGAGUGACGACCCUGUCAAUGUUGAAGAUCCAAUAAUAUCAGAGUCCCGACGUCGAGUGUCUAAAAGAGCUUCAUCGGAAAAGUCCAUAAUACAUGAGUGCAUGGAAUUGUUUAGGGAUAGCUUCAACAAGAAUGGUCUCGAAACCCCAUCGGCAUCAAAGCGAAGCAAGUCCGUAUCAAGCCCUGAUAAGCCAGAGAAGGAUAGCGUCAACGAAGCCAUGUUAGAGUUGAAAAAAUUGAAGGAGAAGGUCCCGCGUCGCUUUUAUGUGAAAGCCGCAAUGGCGCUGGCAGAUAAGGAAAUAAGGAAGGUUUUCAUGUUCUUAGACGAGGACGAGCGAAUUGAAUGGCUGCAGAACCUUGCCGACUCCUGAAUCGACGCGUAAAGUAUAUUGGUUUACGUUUAGUUGAACAUGUUCCGCUAAUUGCUUUUACUUUACUUUGUUAUGACAUUUCUUAUCCCCAGAAUGUUUGUUUCGGGUGUUUGGAAUAAUUUCAUUUGAAUAUUUUUAAUGCGUGCUUUGACUGUCUUGUGUGGUAUGAAAUGUGGUUUUUAAAUGUUAA